AUGAUAGUGUUUGGCUUUCGCAGUACUUGGUUGUUUCUAUUGAUUUUUAGGCAAACAUCGGGUAUUUCAUACAAUCAACCAAAACUCUGUGCAAAUGCAACGUGGAACCAGACGGCUAUAACUUUUGCCACGAGUGCUACGAUUGGCACAGGUCCUUUAGGAUUGUUUGUCGAUAGAAAUAACAGUGUCUAUGUCGCUGAUGAAGCAAAUGGAAGGAUUCAAGUGUGGUUUAACGGAAGUACCACACUCACAGGCACUUACUCUGGUGGCUUAUAUGCACCUUAUAGCGUUUUCGUUACGGACAAUGGUGAUGUUUAUGUCGACAAUGGCUAUGCAUAUUAUCGGGUUGAUAAAUGGGGACGGAAUUCAACAAGCAGUGUUCCAGCUAUGUAUACGUGUGCACAAUGUUCCAGUCUUUUUGUCGAUAUCAAUAAUAUGCUUUACUGUGUAAUGACUACAUAUCAUCAAGUUGUCUCGAAGUCAUUAGACACACGUUUAAAUGUAUGGAAUAUUGUUGCCGGUACAGGUACAGCUGGAUCAACAUCGGUUACACUUUAUAAUCCAUGGGGAAUCUUUGUUGAUAUUAACUUGAAUUUGUAUGUAGCUGAUACUUCAAACAAUAGGAUUCAAAAAUUUGCAUCAGGACAAUUGAAUGGAACAACAAUAGCAACAGGAUCUAUUGUAUUGUCUGGUCCAACUUCAGUUAUACUUGAUGCUGAUGGAUAUAUCUUUAUUACUGAUGACUGGAGUCAUCGUCUUAUUGGCUCAGGACCCAAUGGAUUUCGAUGUAUAGCGGCAUGUUCUGGAUCAGCUGGUUCAUCAUCCAGCCAAUUAUAUUAUCCACAUACCAUGAGUUUUGACAGUUAUGGAAAUAUAUUUGUCACCGAUGCAACCAAUAACAGAGUACAAAAAUUUCUUUUGUUACCAAAUUCAUGCAAUAGAACGACAACAGUAACAACUAUUGCCACGGUAACUUCAAUGAAUGAUACUCAAUCAGUUUCUUUAACAACAAUUACUCCUGGAAUAAGCUCUACAACUGCACCAUAUUUAAACCCUAUUUCAUACAAUAUACCGAAAUUCACUGCGUAUACUACUUGGAGCUCCAAUGGAAUAACUUUAGCAGACAGCACCCUGGUCGGAACAUAUCCUUACGGUAUAUUUGUUGAUAAUAACAAUACGGUAUAUGUAAGUGAGUAUUCUUUAAAUCGUGUUCAAGUGUGGCGUGAAAGUAGUAGCAGUCCCACAAGAAAUAUCUCCGGUACUUUAAACACUCCACAUACUGUUUUCGUUACGAGUAAUGGCGAUAUUUAUGUCGAUAAUGGUUAUGCAAAUAGUAGAGUGGAUAAAUGGGCAUUAAAUACCACAAAUAGUACUGUGGUAAUGAACGUCAAAUAUAUCUGUGUUGGUCUUUUCAUCGAUAUUAAUAAUAAUAUUUAUUGUACACCACUUAAUUAUCAUCAAGUUAAUACAAAAUCAUUGAAUAGUAAUUCAAAUAUAUGGACAAUCGCUGCUGGCACAGGUUGUGCUGGAUCAACAUCAAAUACGCUUCAUGAUCCUCGCGGAAUCUUUGUUGAUACAGAUCUUAAUUUGUACGUUGCUGAUUGUACCAACAAUAGGGUGCAAAAAUUCCUAUCACAACAAGUAAAUGGAAUAACGCUUGCAGGAACUGGAGCAACUGGAACUAUUAGUCUCAGUUGUCCUACCGGAAUUGCUCUGGAUGCUGAUAACUAUGUAUUCAUUGCGGAUUAUUACAAUAAUCGUAUUGUUGGAUCAGGACCAAACGGAUUUCAUUGUUUAGUAGGAUGUUCAAGUGUUGCAGCUUCAGCAUCUAAUCAAUUAUAUUAUCCAUCCAGUUUAAGUUUCGAUAGUUACGGUAAUAUGUUUGUUGCUGAUACAUACAACCAUCGGAUUCAAAAAUUUUAUGUAACAAGUAAUAUUUAUAGUACAACUACCAAUCAACCAAGCUUCUGUCCAUCUACGACUUGGUAUACAGAUGCGAUUACAUUUGCUAAUAGUAGUACGGCUGGAACUUACGUAUAUGGUGUUUUUGUUAGUAUUAAUAAUACUGUUUAUGUAGCUAAUCCACAAACUAAUAAGGUUCUAGUAUGGUUCGAAGGAAGUACUAAUCCAGAUAAAAUUCUUUCUGGUAGUCUGAGUACACCAUUUGACCUUUUCGUUACUCCUAUAGGUGAUAUAUAUGUUGAUAAUGGUUACAAUAAUCGUCGAGUUGAUAAAUUUUCAUUCAACUCAAAUAUAAGUACUUCUGUAAUGUCAGUUCCUAAUGCAUGUGCUGGCAUUUUUGUUGAUAUUAGUAAUACUCUUUAUUGUUCAGCAUAUACUUCUCAUCAAGUUGUUAAGAAAUGGUUAAAUGAUAAUGUACUUACAUCAACUAUUGUUGCUGGUACAGGUGCAGCUGGAUCAACAGCGACCACACUUUAUACGCCUCUUGGGAUUUUUGUCGAUGCUCAAGUUAAUUUAUAUGUUGCAGAUUGUAAUAACAAUAGAAUACAAAUGUUUCCUGUUGGACAAUUUACUGGAAUAACUUUAGCAGGAGCUAGUGCACCAGGAACUAUUACACUUUAUCAGCCCAAUUGCAUUAUAUUAGAUGAUAACGGAUAUCUUUUUAUUACGGAUACUCUUAAUCAUCGAAUAAUUGGAUCAGGACCAUAUGGUUUUCGAUGUUUAUUUGGAUGUACGACAAUAGCUGGUUCUGCAUCAAGUCAAUUGAAUCAGCCAGUAAUUUUAAGAUUUGAUAGUUAUGGAAAUAUAUUUGUCGCUGAUAGAUUUAACUAUCGAGUGCAAAAGUUUAUAUUAGCAUCAAAUUCAUGUAAUAUCUAUUAUAAUCAACCAACAUUUUGUUCUAAUGCUUCAUGGUAUUCUAAUGCAUCAACUUUUGCAUCAAGUAGUACAAUUGGUACAUUACCAUAUGGUAUUUUUAUUAAUGGAAUUAAUACUGUAUAUGUACCUAAUCGAGUUAGUAACACUAUUUUAUCAUGGCCUCAAUGGAGUACUACAUCAACAAGUAAUAUUUAUAGUAAUUUGAGUAAUCCAUACAGUCUUUUUAUGUCUAUGACUGGUGAUACUUAUAUUGAUAAUGGUUAUUUAUAUGGUCGAGUCGAUAAAUAUGCAUUUAAUACAUCAAAUCGUGUUACUGUUAUGAAUGUUAAUGGAAGUUGUUAUGGUUUAUUUAUUGAUAUUAAUAAUAAUCUUUAUUGUUCACUUAAAAAUCUUCAUCAAGUUGUUAAACUCUUACUUAAUAAUGGUACGACCAUUCCGACAAUCGCAGCCGGUAAUGGUUCUGCUGGAUCACUAUCAAAUAUGCUUAAUUCUCCUCAAGGAAUCUAUGUUGAUAGUAAUUUAAACCUAUACAUCGCGGAUUGUGCUAACAAUCGUAUUCAAUUUGUUCAAACUGGUCAGUUAGAUGGAAUGACAAUCGUUGGUAAUGGAUCAUCGGCAAAUAUUACACUCAACUAUCCAACUGGAAUUGUCCUUGAUGCUAAUGGUUAUCUUUUUAUUGUCGAUAGUUAUAAUCAUCGUAUUGUUGCUUCGAGUUAUUAUGGUUUUCGAUGUAUAGUAGGAUGUUCGGGAGGUGGUUCAUCUGCGUCUCAAUUAUCUUUUCCACAAAGUAUGGCUUUUGAUAGCUAUGGAAAUAUAUAUGUUACUGAUCGAAAUAAUAGUCGAGUACAACAAUUCGCUCUUCAAAAUAACAGCUGUCUUAAUCUCAUAUUAAUGUUUUUGCAAUACCGACCACCACCACUACUACUACUACGAGCAGCAGCAGCAGUACCACAACUAGCAGUACUACUACUACCACCACUAAGACUACAAGCAGUAGCAGUACUACAAGUACCACCACAACCAGUACCACAAGCAGGAGUACUACAAGCAGUAGCAGUACUACGAGUACCACUACCACCACCACCAGCACCACAAGUAGCACUACUACUACUACCACCAGUACUACAAGUAGUACCACUACUACCACCACUAGUGCUACAACGAGUAGCAGCAGUACCACCAGUAGUACUACUACGAGCAGCAGUAGCACCUCAAGCAGCACUACUACCACGACCACCACUAGCAGUACUACUACUACCACUACCACUACAAGUACUACAACAAGUAGCAGCAGCACCACAAGUACCACUACUACAAGCAGUAUCAGCACCACAAGUAGUAGUACUACUACUACCAGCAGUACCUCAAGUAGCACUACAACCACCAGCAGCAGUACUACAACGAGCAGCAGCAGUACCACAAGUAGUACUACCACUACUACUAGCAGUACUUCAAGUAGCACUACUACCACUAGCAGUACUACUACUACUACCACCACUAGUACUACUACAAGCAGUAGUAGUACCACAAGUAGCACUACUACUACCACCACCACUACAAGUACUACAACAAGUAGCAGCAGUACCACAAGUAGUACUACUACUACCACUACUAGUACCAGUACUUCAAGUAGCACCACUAGCAGUACUACUACGAGCAGUACCAGUACUUCAAGUAGUACUACCACGAGUAGCAGUAGUACUUCAAGUAGCACUACUACCACUACCACCACCACCAGCAGUACUACAACGAGCAGCAGUAGUACCUCAAGUAGCACUACUACCACUAGCAGUACCUCAACUAGCACCACUACAAGCAGCAGCAGUACUUCAAGUAGCACCACUACUACGACCACCACUAGCAGUACCACUACAAGCAGUAGCACCACUACAAGCAGUAGCAGCACUACAAGUAGUAGUACCACAAUUAGUACUGCCACUACCACUAGUAGUACCACAAUUAGUACUGCCACUACCACUAGUAGUACCUCAAGUAGCACGACUUCCAUCAUAA